AAUGCGUAAUAAAAUUAACUGAAACUUUCCUGCAUAAAAAUCGAAUCCCUUCAAACCGGUAAGCCAAAAAAGAACCAUCCUGUGAAACGACGAACUGCGAAAAACUGAAAGAAACUUGAGACGUUUGCGCUUCGCUCAUGGCGAAUCUUCCUCAAUCUCUCUCCAUGAAUUCACCUUUUGGUGUCCCCAGCAUGUCCACUCCUACUGCCGCCGGUGCUCCUCCCAACAAGGACCGGAAGAUGGCUUCGGCGGAGCACUUGGUGCUUGACCUAAGUAAUCCAGAUCUUCGUGAAAACGCCCUUCUUGAGCUCUCUAAGAACAAGGAAUUAUUUCAAGAUUUGGCUCCUUUCGUGUGGAAUUCUUUUGGUACUAUUGCUGCACUCAUGCAGGAGAUAGUUUCAAUAUAUCCUGUUUUAUCACCACCAAAUCUCUCUCCUGCACAAUCAAAUCGAGUUUGCAAUGCCCUUGCUCUUCUACAGUGUGUGGCCUCUCAUCCAGACACGCGGAUGUUGUUCCUCAAUGCACAUAUACCUUUGUAUCUUUACCCAUUCCUCAACACAACUAGCAAGUCAAGGCCUUUUGAGUACUUGAGACUUACCAGCUUAGGUGUCAUUGGUGCCCUGGUGAAGGUUGAUGACACCGAAGUUAUUAGCUUCCUUCUCUCAACUGAAAUAAUCCCUUUGUGUCUCCGGACCAUGGAGAUGGGCAGUGAAUUAUCAAAAACAGUUGCUACAUUUAUAGUUCAGAAGAUUUUGUUGGAUGAUGUGGGCUUGGAUUAUAUUUGCACUACAGCAGAACGGUUUUUCGCAGUUGGCCGAGUUUUGGGGAACAUGGUUGCAGCUCUUGCUGAACAACCCUCAUCUCGGUUGUUGAAGCAUAUUAUUCGAUGUUAUCUUCGACUAUCAGAUAAUCCAAGGGCUUGUGAUGCACUAAGGAGUUGCUUGCCAGACAUGCUUAGAGAUGCUACCUUCAGUAGUUGCCUUCGUGAAGAUCCAACAACAAGACGAUGGCUGCAGCAGUUGCUUCAUAACGUUGGAGUGAACCGCGUCCCAGGGUUGCAGGCUGGGGGAGGAUUUGACCACAUGCUGGUAAACUAGACUAAAUUGCAUAACCUUCUUAUUGAGACUGCUUUUUGCAAUUUGAUUUUAGAUGCAAAUGGUUCAUCAUCUUUUUUUUUAAAUUUCUAUGUGAAUUAGCAUCAUCAGAUUAAUGUAAUUAGUGGACGCGUUGCUCUGACAAAGAAGCCUUACGUGUUGUGAGAAAUGAGAAAUCCCGAACUUGGUUUCUUC